UAUUAAUUUAAAUGGCUUGCACAUCUAAAGAAUAGUUUCAUUAAGAUAUUAAUGAAUUAAAUUAAGAAUUAAAACCUAGAGAGUAGAUUGCUCCAGUACAAACAAUGAAAUUAAAUAGAGGAGGUCUAAUCAUUAAAACUAGUGAAGGUCCUAUUCAAUUUGGAUUACCUCCUGAAACUGUAAAGGAUUCUAUGUCCUUAGGAGUUGAAGUACCCACUUUUUACAUAAUACCUACACAGAGAUUUAAUAAAUAAUUUGGAAUUAAUGUAGCUGAAUUUGAAUUUCCAGCUUAUUUUAAUUUCUUUAUUAAGAAAAGGUAAGUAACAUUAAUAUGUGAUGCUGAAACUGCAAACUCAAUUAAGAUUGUAUUUUAAGAAACUUUAUUGGGUCCUUAAGAUUUUAGUGUAAAAUAUUAGUAUAUAACCCUUAGCAAAUUCAAAAAGAUUAUCAUCCUGAUGUUGACCCAGUUGAAUAUGUUGAUUUUAAGAAAGAAUUGGCUAUUUUUGCUAAGAAUCCUAUGAAUUAAAAUGAAAAACUAACUUCAGACACUUUAUUAAAAUUUAUUAUCUUUGAGAAUAAUGUUGCUUAAAUUGGAAAAGUAAAAAUAGUCAAAGAAGAGAAAGAAUUUACUAUAUUUGAUAAUGAUAAUUUACUGAUUAGUUUUCCUGAUAAAUUUAGUUUUCCUAAAGAAUACGAUAAAUUAUUAUCUUUACAUAAAACUGAUAGUUCAGGAAAAUCUGAAAUAGCUCCUCCAUCAUUAACUAUAAUGAAAAAAAUUAAACAUGGAAAAAAACCUCCAAGUUUGACAUAAAAUUUCGAUGAAAUUGAUUCAGAUGAAGAAAAUGAAGAUAUUGGUAGCAUGCCAAAUUUAUUGAUGUGGAAUAAAAAUGGAGAAGCUAAAUUAUAAAAGAAAGGAAGUAUAGAAGUAAAUGAAGGUUUAACUUUCUAAGCUCCUGAAUUUGGAGUAACAGUUUUGGGAUGUGUAAAUAUAUUAAAAUAAUUUAGUCUCAUGGAUUUGAUCCUAAAGGUUCUACGUCUGGUUACAUAUUUUGGAUUAACGGUAGAGGUAUUAUGGUGGAUCCACCACCAUAUACAAGUUAUCAUUUGAAAAAAAUGGGAAUUCCACCUAUUAUGAUAAGUGCAAUUAUAAUUAGUCAUUGCCAUGCCGAUCAUGAUGCAGGAGCAUUUCAUAAAAUCUUAGAUGAUAGCAAAGUAGAAAUAAUUACAACAAGAACUAUUAUGUAUUCAUUUUUAAGAAAAUAUUCUGCUAUCUCUAAUUUAUCACAAGAUUAAAUAAAAAGUCUCUUUACAUUCAGACCUGCUAUUUUAGGAAUACCUUUAAAUAUUUAUGGAGCUGAAUUUGAAUUCUUUUAUGCAUUUCAUUCCAUUCCUUGUAUUGGUUUCAGAGUAAGAUACUAAAACAAAUCGAUUUAUUUUAGUGGAGACACAUUUUAUGAUCCUGUUAAAAUAGAGGAAUUAUAUAAAUAAGGGCAUUUAAAUUAAGCACGAUGCAAAUAAUUGAAUUCUCCAAAAUUUACUGAAGAUAUUAUUUUGCAUGAAGCUGGAGUACCUCCUAUACAUACACCAUAAACAGUUUUAUCUUAAUUGCCUAAUCAAGUGAAAAAUAGAAUGUAUUUAGUACAUGUUGCUGCAAAAGAUGUAUUAAAAGGAUCUGGUUUGAAAGUAGCUAAACCUGGAAUUGAAAAUACUUUGAUUUUAAUUAGACCAAAUUUCUAAUAAGAUAUCCCAUUAAAUAGAAAAAUGGACAUCAUUAGUAGAAUUGAUAUUUUCGAUAAAUUGACUUUGAAUAAUGCUAAAUUCUUAUUGGAUGCACUCAAACUAGAAUAGUAUAAAGAAGGAGAAUUAGUUAUUUAAGAAAACUAGGAAGGUCAUAAAUUCUAUAUAAUUGAAUCUGGUUUAGCUAAAGUUUUUUCUGAUCAAAAAGAUAAUAAAUUUUAAAGAUAUUUAUAAUCUGGAGAUUAUUUUGGAGAGUCUGCUUUAAUUUAAACUGGAAGAAGAAGAGCCUCAGUACUUGCAGUAACAGAUUUAAAAGUUUUAUCACUUGAUAAACAUGAUUUCUGGUUUAUUUUUGGUGAUGGAUUUGAAGGAUAAGGACCAGUAAUUGAAUAAAUGAUGUAAUUAAUGGAGGCUAGAAAGUAAUAGGCUAUUUAGAUUUUGUUUAAGUAAAAAUAAAUAAUUUAUAUUUUUUAGAAAUUCGCAUUUUUCUCAAUUAACCCCUACCCAAAAAACAUAAUUAGAGAUGAUAAUGUAAUAAAAAGAUGUUAGUAAAGGACAAGUGUUAUGGAAAAAAGAUGAUCAAGCAACUUUUGUGUUUUUCAUAAGAAAAGGAGCCUUUGUAUUUAUUGACUGUGAUGAAGCUGUAAAAUAAUUAAUUAAUUAAAUUAGAAAUUAGAAGAAUUUGAUUCUGGUUCGUUUAUAGGAGAAAUUAACGCAAUUCUAUAGGGUGGCCAAUUGACAACAACUAUCAAGGCAAUAAGAGAAGGAUCUAUUUUAUAAAUUGAAGCAAAAGCCUUUGCAAAGUUCUUGUAGCGUAAUCCUGGAUUAUUAUUGUUGUUUUAAGAAUCCAAAUAUUUAGAAUGA